AUGAAAAAUUACAAAUCUUUAACGCAAAAGUAUAAUGCAAAACGAAAACAAAAUAAUGACAACUUAAGGAUAUAUUUAAUAAACAAAUUGAAAGAAGUGACUGAAGAAAGAAGAAAUUUAUCUUUGCUAUUAGCAGCUGCAGUCUGUGAAAACAGAACUAUCAGAACUUAUUAUCGGUUAGAAUCUAUGGCAAAAACAAGACUUGCAUUACACAUGGAACAAACUAAAAAGAAAAUAAAAGAAAGCCAGUUACAAUACGUGAAUUUUCAACAUUUGUACCUAAUGACGCAACAAGAAAAUAUGUAUCUAAAAGCUCUCAUAAAAAAAUUGACGAAGCAAAAAGAAGACGCUGAAAGAAAUCUAAUAAGUUUGGUGCAUGAAGUUUGCCUAACGAAGAAUAAAAAACUAAUGGCUUACUGUAGUCGAUUUGUAGUGCAAACUAAAGAUAAACUUUUAUGUUCAGAUAUGAGCGCAGAGAUAAAACAAUUUUUAACAUCAACUAAUUCCGUUCACUGUUCAAAAUCAUACUUCAAACAAGAGGUUGCCUCAAACACCAAAAACUCGACUAGAAAUCAAACUUCAGAGGAAGAAAAACAUUUAAUGCCAUUAUUAUCAACUUCAGGCCCAAGGCUAGUAGGCCUUCCCGGUGAACACAUUUGGACAAUCAAAGAUAAAGAUGGUUUCAUUGAAAAGCUUUACGAAUAUGACUUUGAGCCUAAUUUUGAUAACGGUGAUACAAUUAGAAGGAUUCGAGAGUAUUCAGUUUACCAUGACAAAGACUGUUUCUUGGAAAAUUUUCAGUAA